GCGUGGCUCGUAUGUAAACAGAUGUGGAUUUCUUCGCAGUUAUGCUCGUAGAACGUGAAGUUUUAUAAGUAAUAUGGUGUUUACAAAUCGUUUUUGGAGUUGAUUUUUUUUAUAUCACCAUCAUGAGCCAAGGGUCUGUUAUUGUGCAGAACUGGCAUCGAUGUAAAGAAAGUAAAGAAUAUUUUAGCAAAAUACUCCACAAGAAAAGACGAAAGCGCUUUGGACUCCUGGAGUCUCCCGUGAUGCCUCCUCAUGCUGCUGUGGACACUGUUCACUACAAGGUCUUCAUCACCGGGAAAAGUGGUGUGGGGAAGUCCUCGCUGGCUCUUCGCCUCGCAGGCCUGGAUAUCCCCAACAUUCACUAUGAAACCACUGGAAUCAACACCACUGUAGUGUACUGGCCGGUGAAGCUGAGAGAAAGUGGCAGAGUACUUUUCUUCCGUCUGCAGCUGUGGGACUGUGGAGAAAACGCCCUGCGAAGAUUCGACCAUCUCUUUCCUAGUUGUGAGGAGCAAGCAGAUGCUGUUAUCCUUUUGUUUUCCUACACGGACAGAUCCUCUUUUGAUGAUCUAUCAAAUCAAAUUGCCAAGUUGAAUGGUACACCUGCGGGUCAAAUGGUGACUCUAGUUGUUGGAACCAAAUUUGAUCUGUUCAUGCACUGCGAUGUGACAGAGAAGGAUGUGAGACAGUUCCAGGAGACGUGGGGAUUGCCGGUGCUGCGUUCAGGUGGCGAGGUCAGCGACGGUCUGGAUGAUGUAGCACCGCUGCUUGACUGCCUGGCGGAGAAGCUGUGGCAGCAGGACUGCAUCGCUGCCAGCUCCACCCGCCACAACAGGAAUUGCUAGGUUAGGGUUUCUGAUUUGGGUCCCCGAAUAUGAUUUUUAGGAGUACAUAUGAGACUUGGACCAGCUGGUUCAUCUGGCCACACUGUGUGUGGGACGUAGCGGAUCCCUGUUAUAACUGCUCACUAAAUUGCUGGUUUGGAGAGUGGUGACGUGCAUGGAACAUCCGAGAACCAGGUCACAGUGGUCGCAAGAAGACGCCUCACAGGUCGAUGUCACAUUUUAGUUAGAUGUCAAAGACUUCUACAAAAUACAUGUUGUGUUCAGCUAGUUUGAAAUAACUUGACUCAGUGACUGUACUUUGUGUCUUUGGAUAAAGUAUUGCCUUUCGACAGUAAAUGCAGAAGGUCAGCUGUGGAACAAGAUUUAUUUAUUGAUAGAUAAAAAUCAGUGCAUUAUACUUGUGUGCAUAAAGUGUCUUAUAAUAUCCAAUUAAAUACAUUUGCAAGUGUUAAAUGUCCCAACCAGACAACCACUGAAGCCUUUUUCUCUACUGCUGUGUCAUUACGGAACUUAAAACCCAUCCCAAAGCAAAAGUGUCAGUAAAAGGACUUAAAAAGGUCUUUAAAAUAGGAACUUUUUCGCUUAAAAUAAACACCUUUUGUUCUUCAAGUUUUACAGGACAGCACCUUCAUCCAUGACUUUUUCUCAGACCUGCAAUAAGAUGCCAUGUCAACACAACGUUUAAGUGAUGGGGCUGGGAUUCUCUAUACCUGGUCCGAGUGGUCAGAAUCAUAGCGGUCGGUUGUCCGGUUUGACUGUGGGAGAGGCGGAGCAGAAAGGACUCUGAGGGUAAACCCAGGACUUCGGUCUUCAGCUGCUCCAUGUGAACGUGUUUGGGGAAUUCAGCGUAAUCGUCCACCAGGAAAUGCUCGUCUCUGGCGGCAAAGAGAGGAAACAAUUUAUGAAAUGCUUCUGAUUCUUUGACAAUUGAGUCUGUACGAUCCACGCCAUGUCCAUCUUUGCUCCUUCAAGUUCUCAGUAACUAGCUCAGGUAUCAUGGAACUCCUAAAGUUAAAAUGCCUUGACACUGAACUUUUUCGAAGAGAUGAUCAAAAGGUCAUUGAAGAGGUGAAGGUGGACGUUGACAAAUGAGGUUCUUGAUUUGUAGAUGCUCUCUACGGUCAGCUGUUUCACCGAGCCCUGGUGGACCAGAAUACGUCCACUCACGACCAGAGGAAAUGCCUGCAUACAAGACGCCACAAUCUCAGCAUAUUGAACUCAUUUUCACAAUCUGAACAAAUAAAGAAGGAACCUUAAGUUUGCCGAAAUCCAGCAACAUUUCCAGACAAACCAGCUCCUCCAUCUGCUUCAUUUUCCUCACUUCUUUGUCACAGUUGGACAAAAUCUAGUGAAUUAAAACGUUUUAUUUUAGCUAUUAGAAGACAGGAGUGUUGAAAUCAGCCUGGGUACCUCAUGAAUGGCCUGCUUGGCCUUUUCCAGAUUAGAGACAGAAGCGUGAUCUGGUGCUGUCAGCCGCAGGAUCGUCUGUGUGCACAAUCCACCAAAUCAGGAGGAUCUUGAUCUGUUUAAAAAAAAAAUAAAAAAAAGAAAGCACAUCACCCAGUACCUCCAAAAUGAGCUUGAUCCGAGUGAUUCUCUGGAAGGGCAACACCAGAAAGGACUUGAGAGUCUGUCGCUGACACACACGGUGGCCUUCAAGCUUCUUGAGUGACACCACAAAGUCUCGGUUCUGCUGACUUGACAAGCAGAAAAGUCCAGAUCAGAACAGAAAGUAAUGAGCACAAAUGACUGGAUUCUAAAUUAAUUUGAGCAACAUUUAAUGACGUCGAGGGGGGCAACACGUAACGGUGCAGCACAUCAUUCUUGCACAUUUGAGCUGAAAACAGUUUUCUGCUGCUUUUAUGGACUUUAGCCGACUUUUAUUUUGUGCCUCCAAUUUAUGUUGUAAAAUAAAAAUGUGUUUGCUUCGAUGCAACUACACAACAGUGACAUUGUUUGCUACAAUAGAAUAUCUCGAGAUACAGCAUUGUAAAUAAAACUAUAGUUUGGACCAACAUUUGUGACAUGAGUCCCGCCCUUCUACUUCCACCAACAAACUCUAUGAACACAACAAAAACUAUGAACAAGAGAAAGAUCAGUUAUCAAGUUAGAAAAUUAUUUUCUAAUAGAUCUUAUAAUACACCAUAUCUUGAAAUA